CAUCAUAGCAGGGACCUGCUCUGUUCAGUCACUUUGGUAAAUCAGUAUUUGAGAAAGCCAGAUUAGAAGUAGUUUUCGGUUCAUUUAGGAACAGUUUUAUGUUUUAAACAGAAUGAGCUCUAAUGGAGUCACCGGUUCAGUUAAUACAAAGACCGGCCUAAUACCUCAAUACAAGAUCGGUGACCUGGUCUGGUCCCCAUGGUCCUCUGUUCUGUGGCCAGCUAUGAUAUCCUACGAUCCAAGCAAAGCCAUCUACUUCCGAGUCUCUCCCUCGAAGAACAUAACUCAUUAUCACAUUCAAUAUUUCGGUAUAGUCGCCCAGCGCGGGUGGGUCCCCGUUAAGAGUAUCCAGCCCGUCAGAUCAGUUCAUGAAAAUGGGAAAUCAAAGCCACAGAAGAAGACACUGUGGAAGGAUUUUGAGGUUGGGAUUGAUGAGCUGAAGAGAGCAAACGCUCUGUCUAUCAAGGAGAGGAAACUGACAUUCAUCUUUGAUUAUGGUGGAUGCUCAUCUGGAUCGAAGAAGAAGAAGAAUGAUAAACCAAAAGUGGACAAAAAACCUCAAUCAGAUGAUGUGACCACAAAGCCUAUUGUAACUCUAGAAGCGACAGAAGAAGAUGAACCACAACUUAUCAUUACAGAGACAAAAGAUUCUCAACCUUCGUCCACUUCCCCACCUCCUUCAGAAGUCUCUUCUUCUAAUAAAGUCUUAAACGUGUCUCCACGGUCAACGGCAUCACCUUACUCACUAAGAGACAAGAUAACACUGACCCAAAGGAAGAUCAACGCUUUAGCAACUUGUUCUCCACUUUCUGAGGUUGGUACUGUCACUCCUGAACCGCUACUCAUCGGAACCACUCCCACUGUUGCUAAUGGUGGUGAAGAAGAAACUCAUUCAUCAACAAAUAGAGAGUGUGUUACUAAUGCUGGUGGCACUGAUAAUGGUGGCGAGGGUCGUAAAAGGCAUGGUAGAAUGCAGGACACAUCGUUAUUCCCUCCUGGCCCUCCUCCUCUUCCAUCAGGAGCUAAUACAUUCACCUCUUGUACUGAUGACCUCCUAACUCCUCCUAGCACUGACACUGAUAGUGACUCUCUUGAUAUCUCAAUACCUGCUUCAUCUCAUCUUAAAAAACAAACGAAGCCUGAUCUUGCCCUAGCCUCCUCCUCUACAGAGGAUACAGGUUCUCCUUCAUUACCCCCUCCCUCCUCCUUCUCUUCUCUCCCUUUGCCCCCUCCCUCUACAAAUAUAUGUUCUAUAUGUGAUAAUCCCUCCAACCCCACUCAGUGUAUCAUUACUUGUAAAGGACAUUGUCUCAAUUCAUUCCAUGUCGAUUGUCUCGGUCUCAUCUCUCCUCCUUCCUUCCCAUUCGUUUGUGACGAGUGUACGUUGUCUCCUAGUGUAUGCUAUGCAUGCAAGAAGCCGUCAGUUGAUCCAGUCUCCUCUCUAGUUCCCUGCUCCCAUCACUCAUGCUCUCAGCUCUAUCACCUUUCCUGCAUUCGUUCUUGUGGGAACUUCAAAUUUGAUUCUUCCAAUCCUAACGUCAUUCUCUCCUGUGGGUUGCACAGUUGUGCUAAGUGCGUAUGUUCCGAUGGUCCUCCUGUCACUGGUAAUCAGAAGUUAAUGCAGUGCUUAAAGUGUCCUCUCUCCCUUCACAAGUACUCGUGUCUCAUUGCCGGCUGUGAGGUCCUCAGUGAUAAGACGAUGAUUUGUUAUCGUCAUUUGUCCAUCUCUUCCUCUAUGCCUCAAAGUCUCCGUCACUUUAACAUGAACACUUGUCUCGAUUGCGGCGAGCCUGGUUCUCUCAUUUGCUGUGAUUCCUGUUCCGCUGCUUAUCACGUUAAGUGUUUGCCUGAUGAGGAUCAGUCUCGGGCCGGUCAGGAGAGAUGGCUCUGUCCUAACUGUGUCUCGUAUGACCUUCCCACCUAUGGCUCUAUUGUAAUGGUCAAAUGUGGAGCCUACAGAUGGUGGCCUGCUGAAGUAGUUCUUCCUUGUGACAUUUCAGAUAGUUUCAGGAACUCAAAGCCAACCCAGUGCAUGUUUCUUGUCCGCUUCUUUUCGUCUAAUCAAUACUUCUGGACACAUCACGGGCGAGUCCUAGCCUUUACUGAGGAGUGCGCUAUUGUAAAGGAAAACAAGAGUCACAAGCAACAGCCUCUUAGCUACAUUAAUGCUUUUCAAGAAGCAUUGACAGCUCUGAGAGAGCAGGAAUCAAGACCAGCUAAGAAAGAAAGCAAGUCUUUUGUACACAUUAAGCGUAACAAGUACCUCACGUCCCGUCCUCCAUUAGAGACUGAGACAGAGCCUUGCAAGUGUACAGAGUCGUCUCCUUGUGGCCCAUCCUCUAACUGCAUCAACAGAGCAAUAUUCACCGAAUGUAGUACCGAGAACUGUCCCGCUGGCGACAAGUGUCAAAACCAAAGAAUGCUACGUAACGAGUCAGUGCCCACUCAAACUUUUUACACUGGGAACCGAGGAUGGGGUCUGAAAACCAUGCGCUCUCUCUCCCCGGGGGAUUUCGUCAUCGAGUACGUGGGGGAGAUUGUCGACAUGGCCGCCGUACAGGAGAGACUCAAGAAGACUCAGGAGGCGUCCGUCUCGAGUUUUUAUUUUCUGACGCUUGAGCGUAACCUGAUCAUUGAUGCUCGUGUGAAGUCGAAUCACGCUCGCUUCAUCAAUCACAGCUGUGACCCAAACUGCGAGACUCAGAAAUGGACCGUGAAUGGGGAGACAAGGAUUGGUAUAUUUGCCAUUAAAGACAUCAAAGAAGACACUGAGCUCACCUUUGACUAUCAGUUUGAUUGUCUCGGGAAUGAAAAGAAAGCGUGUCUCUGUGGUGCUCAAAACUGCAGUGGGUUUUUAGGCGAGAAACCCAAACAGGAGAAAUUAAAACAAGAGAAACCACAACCGCCAAGUUCCUCAAGAAAAGGAACUGGUAAGAGGGCAAGAUCAUUCAAUAAAGACCAAGCAAGGGUCAAACAGAGAAAGAUUGAAGGAGAAGGGAGGAGUGCUAGGAGUGCAGCCAGACGAGAGGCUAGCAAACCAGGAGAUUUGAUAAGAGAGGGCAAUGUAGAAUACAUAGUCAUGCCUCCUCCUAGCUCUACUUGUAGCUCAAGGAAGAGUGGAACAAAAUUAAAAGAAAAGCUAGUCAAUAAGGAGAAGAAAGGCCCUGGAGAGGGACCAGUUGGGAGCUUAAAAGCUCUGCCAGUUAAAGGGAGAGAAGGAGGAGGAGGAGGAAAGGCAAAGAGCUUAUCGACGAAAGAGAACUUUGUCCCUUUUUUCGACAUCAAUCGAAAGAGGAAGGCUCCGAGUAUCAUGAAGACAGCAAAACAGCGCAAAGAGGAUCCUUACGAUGAUGAAUGCUUCAUAUGCAAUGAGGGAGGCGAUCUCGUUAUAUGCGAUUAUCCAGAUUGCUAUAAAGUAUAUCAUCUCUCGUGCAUUGGAUUGAAGGAGCUACCCGAUGGAGAUUUUCAUUGUAGGAGGCACUCGUGUUUUGUCUGUGGUGACACAAAGGCAGAAUAUCACUGUUUCUAUUGCCCCAGGGCAUUUUGUGAGACUCAUCACAGGGAAAAGUUUAUAGUUACAGAUUCAGCUAGUUUUAAGUGCAUUAAGACAUGUUAUUCACCUUCUUAGGAUUCAUCAUCUGGAUUAUAGGAUUAAAUAGGAUAUUAUUAUCAUGCUUCAUGCACGCAUACAUUGACUACAUUCACACCAAAGUUCAGUCCUCAAGAGUUUGUUUUAAAAUAUUCCCUUCUGCCUUCUUAGAACAGUUUUUACUCUCUACUCCUUUCUCUUUCUAUGAUAAUUAUAAUUUAUACAGAUACAA